AUGCAGUCGGCGACACAUAUUAACGACCUUCCCAACGACGUCCUCGCCAGGAUACUAUGGCAGUUUAAGGAGUGCACAUCUUGGAAUUCCGAUAGUGACGCGUUAUGGUCUCGCCUUUCAUUGUGGCCGAAGCCUCAGUACCUUUCCUCGGUCCUUCUAGACGAAGAUUCCGAUCCCGAGGAAGAGACGACUCCAAUUUCGACUCCCUCUGCCGCUCCAAACACAGCCAGGAUCUUCCUCAUUUCGUCCGUGUGCCGUCGGUGGCGCGAUCUAGCUAAGCGUGACGUCUCCACCCUCCGUAUUGAACGAAAUCAUGUUGUCUCUCUCCAAGACCUCUCGAACGCCGUCGCUUGCUUCCCGAACCUCACACAUCUCCAUCUGUGCGACGGCAGCGUGGAAAACUUAGACGACACCUUCCUCGCUCACCUCGCAUCGUCGUGUCCCAAACUGACGAUUCUCCACGUGGGAAGACGGAUCACGCAGCAUCCGGACUAUGUGGGAUCGAAGCAUGAUCACCCUAUUACCGAUGCUGGCCUGGAUCGGUUCUUCCAGCAAUGCACUCAGCUGGAGCAGCUUUCACUCCUCUGCCUCCAUCGAAACGCUGAGCUACCGCCUUCUUUCUUCCACCUGACGCGUCUACACACCCUGGCUUUAACAGUCGCCUCCGCCUUAGGAUCUCCAGACCUGGAAAGCCUCUCCUCUCUCACCGCUCUCCACAUCGCCUCCGCGGAGUUGACCAGUGAGCAACUCUCAAAUGUGCGUCGACUUCGCAGCGUUACCCGCCUUUCAAUCUCUGUCCGGACCCGCUUUCCCCCUGCUAACACGGGAUCGGCUGCCUUCACCAUCGCACAGUUACCUUUUAUAAAAUCGCUGGAGACCAGCCAGAUGCUGCGUUCCGAUUGGCCAUGCACAAGUCUGGAACGGCUGCACGUAUCAGAUUGCAGAGAAUUGCAGCGACUUCCGGACGACAUUGCAGAGCUGCUGCCGCGUCUCCGUGAGCUCACCAUCUGCCGUUGCGAUCUCUUCCAGGAGCUGCCUGCGGCAGGAUUCUGCUGCCUCAUGGCUCUCACGACACUCUGCCUCGGGCAAGUGGCGCUUCCAGCGGACAUUGGGCGCCUGAGUAAUCUCCAGACCCUUCUUGUCAGGGACAGUUGUCAGCAGCGUUAUCUCCCUUCCUCGCUGACUGACAUAUCUUCGUUGACGAGGCUUGAGCUGGGCCUGUGCGGUGUGGAACGGCUUCCAGAGGGCGUGGGAGAGCUGAGCAACCUGCGGGAGCUGCACAUCUCCUCCUGCUCUCAUCUCACGGCCGUUCCAGCGUCUGUAACGCGCCUGACGCGCCUUGAAGCCCUCACGUUCUCUGACUGCAGAAAGCUCGCCUUCGCGCCCACACGGUUGGAUGGCCUUACGCGGCUGAAGCAGCUUGAGGUAGCCUCGUGUGACAUGUUGAAAUAUCCUCCUCUACUCCUGCCGGUUUCCCUUGAAACGCUCAGCUGGGGAAGCUACAGGCACGCGAUGGUUCUCCCCGACGUUUCCAGGCUGACGGGGCUUCGGACGCUUUGCCUGGACCGGGUUGCUGUGGCGUGUGAUGGGCUUGCUGUGGGCAGGCGCCUAUCUCAUCUGCAGCAUUUAAUGCUGACUCUGGCAGAUGAUUCCGAGGAGCUCCCGUUCCCCUUGACGUUUCUUUCUCAGCUGCGCACCCUGAUUGUUCACGGCAUGGGGAGAUAUGGGAUCAGCAUUGCAGCAGCUGCGGAGGCUGAAGCUGAAAUGUGCGGAGGAAUUGAGGGAGCUGCCAGCGAGUGUGAGUGCGCUGCAGAACCUCACCUGCAACUCAUUCUCUGCGAGCAACUUGACGACCUGCUGCCCUCUCUCACCCAGCUUACCUGCCUGAACCAGCUGUCGAUUCCGCACAGCUCCAUCCGCGCCCUGUGUCCCAGCUUUGCUCAGCUUACACGGCUCAAGUCCCUUUGUUUGACUGGCUGUGCGAGGCUGCAGGUGUUGCCAGAGGAGUUGAGUGAGCUCAAGGGACUGCAGAGGCUGGAUGUGCAAGGGUGUGGCCAUGUGAUUGACACUGAUGGGUCUGUGCUCCCCAGGAGCGUCAACCAGAUGUAUGGAUUGAAGAUAUUCACAUGA